UCAGCCCCUUUCUCCACACCCAUUUCACUUAGUCAUCACUAACUUCUAGUCUGAACUCCGCGUUUUAUGGAAGAGGAAGUAGGAGACUAAAAAAAUAACAAUCAACCAUGACAACCGAAUCCGGCUCAGACUCAGAAUCCAAGCCCGAGCAGGAGGCUGAGCCCCAGGAGGCCGCCGGUCCGCAGGGGCGCGCGGGGGCGCAGCCUGGGCCGGAGGAGCAGCGCCAGGCCUUGGAGCAGUUCGCGACUGCAGCGGCACACAGCACCCCAGUAAGGAAGGAGGUCACUGACAAAGAACGAGAAUUUGCUGCUGGAGCUGCAAAACAGCUCGAAUAUCAGCAAUUUGAAGACGAUAAACUUUCUCAGAAAUCAUCUAGCAGUAAACUCUCUCGAUCUCCAUUAAAGAUUGUCAAAAAGCCUAAAAGCAUGCAGUGCAAAGUGAUACUUCUGGAUGGAUCAGAAUAUACCUGUGAUGUAGAGAAACGCUCCAGAGGCCAAGUGCUGUUUGAUAAAGUAUGUGAACAUCUGAACUUGCUAGAAAAAGACUACUUUGGGCUUACAUAUCGAGAUGCUGAAAACCAGAAGAAUUGGUUGGACCCUGCUAAGGAAAUUAAAAAACAGAUUCGAAGUGGUGCUUGGCAGUUUUCAUUUAAUGUGAAAUUUUACCCACCAGACCCUGCCCAGCUAUCUGAAGAUAUCACCAGGUACUACCUCUGCUUACAAUUGCGAGAUGACAUUGUGUCUGGAAGGCUGCCCUGCUCCUUUGUCACUCUUGCCCUGUUGGGCUCCUACACGGUCCAGUCAGAACUGGGAGACUAUGACCCAGACGAAUGUGGGAAUGAUUACAUUAGUGAGUUCCGCUUUGCACCAAAUCACACUAAAGAACUGGAAGAUAAAGUGAUCGAGCUGCACAAAAGCCACAGAGGAAUGACACCAGCAGAAGCAGAGAUGCAUUUUUUGGAAAAUGCCAAAAAACUAUCUAUGUACGGGGUAGAUUUACAUCAUGCCAAGGAUUCUGAAGGAGUAGAAAUUAUGUUAGGAGUUUGUGCAAGUGGUCUGUUGAUAUAUCGUGACCGACUGAGGAUAAACAGAUUUGCCUGGCCUAAGGUUCUAAAAAUUUCUUAUAAACGGAACAACUUUUACAUUAAGAUCCGCCCGGGAGAGUUUGAACAAUUUGAAAGUACCAUUGGCUUUAAGCUGCCAAACCAUCGAGCUGCCAAGCGUUUAUGGAAAGUAUGCGUUGAACACCAUACAUUUUUCAGACUGUUGUUACCAGAAGCACCUCCAAAGAAAUUCCUCACCUUGGGUUCCAAGUUUCGUUAUAGUGGCAGAACGCAAGCCCAAACAAGAAGAGCCAGUGCGUUGAUAGAUCGCCCAGCCCCAUACUUUGAACGCUCGUCCAGCAAACGUUAUACCAUGUCUCGCAGCUUAGAUGGAGCGUCAGUGAAUGAAAACCAUGAAAUAUACAUGAAGGAUUCUGUGUCUGCUGCAGAGGUUGGUACUGGCCAGUACGCCACAACAAAGGGCAUCUCUCAGACCAACUUGAUCACUACUGUGACGCCAGAGAAAAAGGCUGAGGAGGAGCGUGAUGAGGAAGAGGACAGACGGAAAAAGGCAGAGGAAGCAACGCCUGUUGCAGCAAUACGGCACGAGGGAAAGACUGACAGCGAGCGCACGGAUACUGCUGCUGAUGGAGAGACCACCGCCACUGAGGAACUAGAUAAAACUCAAGACGACCUGAUGAAACAUCAAACCAAUAUUAGUGAGCUGAAAAGAACCUUUUUAGAAACCUCCACAGACACUGCCAUCAUGAACGAAUGGGAAAAGAGGCUUUCUACCUCCCCAGUGCGACUAGCAGCCAGGCAGGAGGAUGCGCCCAUGAUUGAACCGCUUGUACCUGAAGAGAAAACAGAAACCAAGACUGAGUCCAGCGUAACAGACACCGAAACAACCCAACACUCCCAGCCACUUAGCACUGAGAAGGUUGUGCAGGAAACUGUGUUGGUGGAAGAAAGACAUGUGAUGAGUGUGCAUGCAAGUGGGGAUGCUUCUUACAUUGCUGGAGACGAUGUGGAUGCUGCAGCACAGGCAGCAUCUGCUGAUGCUUCUAGCGUUAAAGGGAAGGAGGGCUCUGCUCUGACGGACGGGUCUAAAGAGGAAAAAGGAGAGGUGGCCGAUAAAGCUGUACUCGAACAGGAAGAAAUGGCCACUGCUUCUCAUGAGCCAGAGGAGGAGCAAAGUAUAGCAAUCCACGUUUCUGAAACUUUGGAACAAAAACCUCAUUUUGAGUCAUCUACUGUGAAGACAGAAACCAUCAGUUUUGGCAGUGUUUCACCAGGAGGAGUAAAACUAGAAAUUUCUACCAAGGAAUUGCCAGUCGUUCACACAGAAACCAAAACCAUAACGUAUGAAUCAUCACAGGUUGAUCCUGGUGCUGAUUUGGAGCCAGGCGUGCUAAUGAGUGCACAGACAAUCACAUCUGAGACCACCAGUACCACGACCACCACCCACAUCACCAAAACUGUGAAAGGAGGCAUUUCAGAGACGAGAAUUGAGAAGCGAAUAGUAAUCACGGGUGAUGCGGACAUUGACCAUGACCAGGCGCUGGCUCAGGCAAUUAAAGAGGCCAAAGAGCAGCACCCUGACAUGUCAGUGACCAAAGUAGUGGUCCAUAAAGAGACAGAGAUCACACCGGAAGAUGGAGAGGAUUGAUCCCAGGAAUAACUUAGCCUGCACAGGAAUACAGUCAUGCAAACCAUUUGGAAAACCAGAGCCUAUAUGGAGUUCCCUCUUCUAACCCAACUGACUUGUAUCUGCCAGUGGAAAUUUUCAAACCAGAAGAACUGACCUUGACCAAUAGUAAAGACACUGGCAGAGAGAUCUUCCCAUAAUAAAGCAAUCCGAAUCAGCAUCACUAAACUGAUAUUGCAUGAAGCAACGAUAAAAUUACAAAAGAGCAGCAUUUUUAAUUUUCACAAAGUGUCUAAGUUUUCAGCUAUACCUGCACGUUCAUAACCAACAAUAUAAACCGUAAUUUCAUGUAACACAUAAACACUCCAUGCCUUUCAUAGUUUAUUAAUUAUUAAAGUCUAAAAAAAAAAAACCCCAAAAAACCCCUGCAAUUUCUUAGGUGACAGAUCUUUUGUUUACAGAUAAAUGAAGAUUACCCUAAAAUGCUAGAAGCUGUCUAGGUCCAGUGUGUCAGGUUUAUCCCAGAUUAGAUGUGCCAAUAACCGAGUUUAUUCAGUAAACAACUUGAAUCUUGUACUUGUUUCAUCUGGUUUUAUUACUCCUCAUCUAUAAACAGUAAUGACUCUCUGAUCCUCUGGAAAUAUUUAAUGCUUACAAUCCUGCUUUGUGUAUCUAAUUUAAUUCAUUAUAAGGUAGCACUGAUCUUAGCAUAUUAAUGUGAUUUCUUCCUUGUUGUCCGCUUUGGUCCUCGUUCAAUCUGGAAAGCUUCCCAAAGUUCCCUAACAAGUCCUAAAUAUGUAAAUUGUCAUUAUUUUGGGAAGGAAAUCUGUAUUUUUGUUAGUUUACAAUAUUAUGAGAUUUCACUCCAGAAAAAAACUGUUGAGUAUCUAUUGUUUUCUUCUUUGUUUCUUCUUCCUUAUAUUUUGAAAUCGAUUUUUCUUAUUUUACUUGAAAGUAUUUUAUUUCCAAAUCUGGUCCAUAUUUACAACCUAGUUCAGAGCCAAGCCUUAAACUGUACAGAAUUUCCAAUGUAAUUAAAUGAUUUAGUGUUUAGUUAUAAAUAGCCUUCAAAAAAGAUAUAUUCUUCACUACACUGUCUACUGCAUCACACAGCCCAUGGUGAAUGAAUGUUUCUGCAUAGCAAAAUAAAAAUGGUAAAUGCAUUUAAAACUAA